CAGAGAUUCUUAUAGUGACACAGCAACUACUUGUCUUGUGUUUUAUUUAAACAUUAAUAUCUCCCCUCAUCAGGAUGUCUUUACUUUUAUGCAGUUCAAAGCUACCCACCUUGCAAAGAAUACUCACUCAGUGCUAUCCAGAGUCUUUAAAGGUGUGUGGCGCUUUGCAUAAUAUAAUAAAUGGAAACCCAUUCAAGCUGCAGGUUUUGGUGGAUCAGUGGCCAAACAUCACCUCUGUUGUUUGCCGCCCUCGACUGGAGGACAUGAUGGAUCCCACAGACCAAUACACCAACACAUAUUUUCUGUUUAGCAAAGAUCAACAAAGUCUGAGUGAAAUGCUGCAAGACCCACAGACUAUAAACUGGAGCCACCAAUUUCAGAUACAGGGGUGCCAGUCGGACCUGGGAGAAGUGCUUCAUGAAGCAAGUGCCAAGCAUAAGAACAGCAUAACGACCACCAACUACCUGUUGUAUAUGAAAGAGAGCAUCCAAAGCCAUGAGGAAACUGACCAGCUUUCCAAGCUGAGACAAAAUAAAUUGCAGAUUUCUUCCUUGUCAUUCAAUGAAGCAUCCGUCGUUAAUGCAAACUGGAAGUAUGGAGGUAACAAGCAUAGUCUGCAUUAUGUGCAGCGCUGUAUACAAAAUGUACCAACAGUCUGUGCCCGAGAAAAGGAUGGUGGUCUGCCUGUCUCAUGGACAUUGUGUGAUCCGACUUCAGCAUUCGGCAUGGGGUAUACACUCCCUGCCUACAGAAACCGUGGAAUAAUCUUCCCAAUUAUAGUUGCAAUGGCUACUAUAAAUUAUAAGAGGGGUACACCAAUCUUCUGUGAGAUAUCCCCUGAAAACAAAAUAAGCCAUAAAGCUCUUUUAAGGACAGGGUUCAAACAACAGAGUAUAUCAUGCAUGUGGGAAUUCAGUCCCUUUAAGGCAAAACAGCGUGGGCUGCUUGCUGCCUAGAUUUAAAGAGCCAGCCUCUGAUUGUUAAAACUCCCACCUCGAAGGCACAGGUGUGGGAGUCCCUAUAUAAGGCUGCUCAGUACAUCACUCUGUACUGAGUUAUUGCCUAAGAAGGUCCUCUGUUAACUGGUUCCUGCUCUUUAUCUGAGGGUCCCUACUUCAAAAGUGCUUAUUCUACUGCUGAGACCAAAGACCUCUGCUAUGAUACUUGUGUAUGCUUAACCUACUGCUAAGACCAAUGACCUCUGCUGUGAUACUUGGGUAUGCUUAUCCUAUUGCUGAGACCAAAGACCUCUGCUGUGAUACUUGUGUAUGCUUAUCCUACUGCUAAGACCAAUGACCUCUGCUGUGAUACUUGGGUAUGCUUAUCCUAUUGCUGAGACCAAAGACCUCUGCUGUGAUACUUGUGUAUGCUUAUCCUACUGCUGGGACCAAUGACCUCUGCUGUGAUACUUGGGUAUUCUUAUCCUACUGCUAAGACCAAUGACCUCUGCUGUGAUACUUGAGUAUGCUUAUCAUAUUGCUGAGAUCAAAGACCUCUGCUGUGACACUUUCAUAUGUUUAUCCUACUGCUGAGACCAAAGACCUCUGCUGUUAUACUAGGGUAUGCUUAUCUUUUUCUGCUUAGAUCAAAAGGCCUCUGCUGUGAAACCUAUGUAUGCUUUCUUGUUGUUGGUCAUUUCCCCCCCCAGCAUUAUAUUAAGUUUUUAUUGAUGGAAAUUGUUAUUUUAACAGAACUUAGUUGCAAAAAGAUGUAUAAUAUUAACAUAAUAUUAGAUACAUAUGAGAUGAAAUGCUGAAUAUUUCAAUACUAAGAAUUUUACCCUUUUAUUGUUUGUUCACUAACUGUAUUAUCUAUUGUUUCUGUUUCUAAUCUUUCUUGCAUAAAUUAUUAGAUUUGCUCUGA